UUCCAUAGCCUUGAGCCAGGGCGGUUAAAGUGGUGCCAAACCGGGUUAUUUCUCCAGUGUGGAUGCAGCCCAAGGGACACAACCAGGCCCUCAACUGGGAGCUGCCUUCAGUUGUUCAAAUGUGCAAUCCUGAUUUCAAUGGAAACAAAGGACAAGGAAGCAAAGUCCUAGUGGUUUUUAGCGUUGGAUUAUGAUUCUAGAGACCAAGGUUCGAUUCCCCGCCUGACCAUUAAGCCUAGUGGGCGACCUUGGCCAAGUCGCACUCUCUCAGCCUCAAAGUGUGGCAAUGGAAAAACCCCUCUUGGUAAAGCUUACCAAGAAAACCCCAUGAUAGGUUCCCCCUUUAAGGUCGCCAAAGGUCGGAAAUGACUUGAAGGCACACCCCACAUCCACACCCGACUUGUAUUGGUUUUAGGGAGGGAGCGAAUCCCAAAGAGAUGUCAAAUAUGUGUUUGAGGUUUUCUUUUUUGUGAAUGGACACUGUCGAAUCGCUGGUCUUUUUUUCCUCCGGGUCUGUGUGACUUCUGAUUGGCUCUCGCUCGGGACAAUGGUCUCAAAACGUCCAAUGGGCGCUAAGGAUCAGGCUGUCCAAUCAGGAAGGGCACGAGCGUUCGAAUGCAAGAAUGUCUCCUCCUUCUCCAAUAGGAAAGGCGCUCUACGAUCCAUUCAUUUGCAUAAAGCUCGCCUAUAAAAGGCGGCGGCGAGGCGGUCCCUCCUCAUUGUGGAACGACAGCGUUGAGGAGGAAAGAUGCCGGAUCCAGCGAAGUCGGUCCCUGUUUCGAAAAAGGGCUCCAAGAAAGCUGUGACCAAGACUCACAAAAAGGGCGACAAGAAGCGGAAGAAGGUGAGGAAGGAGAGCUACUCGAUCUACGUGUAUAAAGUGCUGAAGCAAGUCCACCCGGACACGGGCAUUUCUUCCAAGGCCAUGAGCAUCAUGAACUCCUUCGUGAACGACGUCUUCGAGCGCAUCGCCGGCGAAGCCACUCGCCUGGCCCACUACAACAAGCGCUCCACCAUCACCUCCAGGGAGAUCCAGACGGCCGUGCGGCUCCUGCUCCCCGGGGAGCUGGCUAAGCACGCCGUCUCCGAGGGCACCAAGGCCGUGACCAAAUACACCAGCUCCAAGUAAAGGCAGCAGCAGCAGCACCUCCUCCCUCCAUUGGAACCCAAAGGCUCUUUUAAGAGCCACCCAAAGCUUCUGAAAAAGAGCUGGAGUCCCCUUUUCCCUCUUAGGCUGCAUCCACACUGGAGAAAUAACCCGGUUUGGUAGUGCUUUAACUCUCAUCCAAUUUAAACUCAUCUGUUGCAUUUAGGGAUUUGUAGUUCAGUGAGAGACUUAAGAACUUUGUGGCUGAAUGUUCUAAAUGCCCCUCCUACAAGUCCCAGAAUGCAACGGGAGGCA